AUGGGAACGGAUGAUAGCGAUACCCUUACAAGUGACGUUCAGUAUCAAAAGCCGCAAUCAGCAGUGAUUCCGAACGGUACAGAACCAGCUGACGCUGACACUCAACUCUCUGCCUCGUCGAAAGAGGAAGCACUAUGGAGGGCGAACGUGUUACGGCCGAGCAGAGAUCUGGAGCUACUGCGGAGCGCUCCUUCUGUACAGGGUCCCGACUUUAACACAGUCAAUAGUGCAGAUGAUGUGGUGAAAUCCUUUGCAACGAUAGGAUUCCAGGCUACUCAGUUCGCACGCGCAGUUGACGUUGUUCAACAGAUGCUCCGUGACGAGCGCGGUUGUGUCAUUUUUUUGGCGUACACUUCAAACCUCGUCAGUAGUGGUGUUCGUGACGUGAUCCGGUACCUCGUGCAACACCGCAUGGUCGACGUCCUUGUGACAACAGCAGGAGGUGUCGAGGAGGACCUCAUCAAGGUUCUGGCUCCGACCCUCAUCGGCGACUUUCGCUUGCCUGGGGCAUUGCUGCGAGAGAACGGCCUCAACAGGAUAGGCAAUUUGCUUGUACCCAAUGCGAAUUACUGUCUUUUUGAGGACUGGCUCAUGCCACUGCUUGACAAGAUAGUUGAUGAAAGACGAAUAUGGACGCCCAGCGAGUUCAUCCAUCGCCUCGGCCAGGAGAUACAACACGAGUCGAGUAUCGCCACCUGGGCUGCACGGAACGGAGUGCCGUAUUUCUGCCCAGCGAUUACGGAUGGCUCGCUCGGUGAUAUGCUCUUCUACCAUACAUAUCGGAAUGAAACUCCACUCAUCCUAGACGUUGUCGGCGAUAUCCGGAAACUGAAUCGACUCGCGAUUCACGCCAAAUGCACGGCGAUGAUCAUCCUCGGUGGCGGUGUCGCAAAGCACCACACCUGCAACGCAAACUUAAUGCGCAACGGAGCUGACUAUGCCAUCUACAUUAAUACUGGUCAAGAAUAUGACGGAAGCGACAGUGGUGCCGCUCCAGACGAGGCUGUGAGCUGGGGCAAAAUCCGCGGCUCCGCUGAAGCGAUCAAAGUUUUCGGUGAUGCAUCGAUAUUGUUUCCGCUCCUGGUAUCACAGACGUUUUGCAAGGUGCCCAGGCAACAUCGACCGGACUUUGAUGAAAUCUCGGGGUAG